UAAUUAUAUAAUGUGUCGCACCAUAUGACAAUGGCUAACGAUUCUGUGUAUGUCCUGGCCAAAUGAGUCACGUGCUUGGCAAAGAAAACUCCGGUGUGCGAUUAUAUGCAUAGUGCGGGCAUCGAAAGUGUCAUAAAUCAAGCGAUUAUCCUGUAAACAAAGUGUAAAACGCGCUCACAGCAACAACAUAAAAACACACAAAAAAAAAAAGAAAAUCAACCCAACAAGGAGUUUGCAACUCCCAAUAAAACGCCAUUUUUACUACGUUAAAAGCCAAGGCGUAUAACAACAACAACAACAACAACAACGGCACAUCAGCUACAACAAAGUCGUUUUUAUUACUUGAGCAUUUAAUUUUGCUGAGUUGGAAUUGGGCUUGUUGUUGGUGUUGGUCAACAACUUGGCUACUUGGCAGGACAAUUCGGAAGAAGCAAACAACGACUACAUUGGAUUGGCUUUGACUAUAUUGUAUGAUGCUUGCGCCAGUGAGAUGACGCCACUGCAAGUGAGAACGAUACGUUAGGCGGCAUUGACUAUGGGAGCAGAGGCAUGGGCGUGUGUGCGGACCUUGGGUCUUAUCGAUGGUGUCAGGCAUUGAGCCGGUCGCGUUGGUCGUACGCCACCAACCAACCACCAAGUCAACCAACCUUAAGAAAGCAACAACAGGCACAAUCUCAGCCCCAGCAACAAUCAGACACAAUCAGCGAAAGUACUACAGUGGAGUCAACAGCAAUCGUAAUACCAUCAAAAACGACAAUAGCAACAACAACAACGAUUCAGGACACAACAACGCUGACGGUGAAAACGGCUGCGUUCACAGUGAAAACAACGAAAAGAAGACACAGCCACGAGGACGACGACGUCGACGAGGACGUCGACGGUUGCUCUAGUCCCAAAACCAAAACAAAAACCUGCCCCGUCAGCAGCGGAUCAAUACAGGCCCUAAAAUUUGUACUGUUUUGGCUGCUUGUCUUGUUGGCAAAAAAUGCACAAGCUCACAAUAUACCAGAAGAUGCUGUGCACAUCACAGCCAUACUGGGCGAGGGAGUCGUCUUCAACUGCCACGUUGAAUUCCCCAACGAUCAUCCAGUGCCGUAUGUCCUGCAGUGGGACAAGAAGGUGAGCGAAACGGGCUCCGAUCUGCCCAUUUACAUCUGGUAUGAGAGCUACCCGGAACACAUUGAAGAGGGCUACAAGGGACGCGUGUCACGUGUGUCGCAGGACUCGCCAUUCGGCUCCGCUUCACUCAACCUGACCAGCAUCAGAGAAUCGGAUCAGGGAUGGUAUGAGUGCAAGGUCGUCUUCCUGAAUCGCGAUCCCAAGCAGCAUAAGAACGGUACAUGGUUCCACUUAGAUGUACAUGCACCGCCGCGCUUUAGUGUAACACCAGAGGAUAUUAUAUAUGUUAAUUUAGGUGAUUCAAUUAUACUCAAUUGCCAAGCCGAUGGCACACCGACUCCAGAGAUUCUUUGGUAUAAGGAUGCGAAUCCCGUUGAUCCCUCGCCCACGGUGGGCAUCUUCAAUGAUGGCACCGAGCUACGGAUAUCAACCAUACGCCACGAGGACAUUGGGGAAUACACUUGCAUUGCACGCAAUGGUGAGGGGCAAGUCUCCCAUACGGCCCGUGUUAUAAUUGCGGGUGGCGCUGUAAUAAUGGUGCCGCCCACCAAUCAAACGAAACUCGAGGGCGAAAAGGUGAUAUUCUCAUGCGAGGCUAAGGCCAUGCCGGGUAAUGUCACGGUGCGCUGGUUCCGAGAGGGCUCUCCAGUCCGUGAGGUGGCCUCGUUGGAGACACGUGUCACCAUACGAAAGGAUGGCUCGCUUAUCAUCAAUCCAAUCAGUGCCGACGACUCGGGCCAGUAUUUGUGUGAGGUUACCAAUGGCAUUGGAGAUCCGCAGAGUGCUUCGGCCUACCUAAGUGUUGAAUAUCCUGCCAAAGUGACCUUCACGCCAACCGUUCAGUAUCUUCCCUUUCGAUUGGCCGGCGUCGUGCAGUGUUAUAUCAAAUCGAACCCACAAUUGCAGUACGUAACUUGGACUAAAGACAAGCGCCUGCUGGAGCCCUACCAAAUGAAGGACAUCGUGGUAAUGGCGAACGGCUCGCUGCUUUUCACGCGGGUCAACGAGGACCAUCAGGGACGGUAUACGUGCACACCCUACAACGCACAGGGCACGCAAGGCGACUCGGGCGUUAUGGAAGUGCUGGUACGCAAGCCGCCGGCAUUUACCGUCGAACCGGAAACGCUUUACCAGCGCAAGGUCGGUGACAGCGUCGAAAUGCACUGUGACGCUGUCGAAGCGGAGGGAACCGAGCGUCCCACCAUCAAGUGGCAACGCCAGGAGGGCGAACAACUCUCCGACUCUCAGCGUAAUCGGGUGAAAAUCUCUGGUGGCAACAUUACCAUCGAGAAUUUACGUCGCGAGGACUUUGGUUAUUACCAGUGUGUGGUCUCCAACGAGGUGGCCACCUUGAUGGCCGUCACGCAACUGGUCAUUGAGGGCACCCAGCCCCAUGCGCCCUACAAUAUCACCGGCAAGGCCACCGAGUCCUCCAUCACGUUGCAAUGGCUGCCUGGCUAUAGCGGUGGAUCCGAGUACAAGCAGGACUACACCAUUUGGUACCGCGAGGCGGGCGUCAACGACUGGCAGACAAUUUCUGUAACGCCGUCCGGCAGUACGCAGGUGACUAUCAAUGGUUUGGCCUCGGGCACCAGCUAUGAGUUCCAAGUUGUGGGUCGCAAUGUUCUCGGCGAUGGAAUGAUGAGUAAAGUGAUGACUGUGCGGACGCUCGAAGACGCUCCGGCAGCGCCACGUAAUGUCAAGGCUGCAACACAACCGCCCGAUCACUUAUUUCAGCCAAUGCCAGAUGAAGCUGGCCCGAAGCCCGGACCACCGCGUAAUGUGUCCGUGACGGAAAUCUCGAAUGGCUUCCUCAUCACCUGGCAGUCACCGUUGGAGCGUGCACACAUCGUCAAGUUCUAUACCAUCAAGUAUCGGACGGAUGCGGAGUGGAAGACGCUGAAUCGUGGCCAGAUACGGCCCGAGGAGACACAGUAUCUGGUGAAGAAUUUGGUGGGCGGACGAACCUACUAUUUCCGUGUGCUGGCCAACUCGGAGAAAUCGUACGAGUCCAGCGAUGAGGUGAAAUUCCCAGUGCCGGCGCGUGUCAAACAUAAAGCUAUAACAGCCGGCGUCGUUGGGGGCAUCCUGUUUUUUAUUGUUGCGAUCAUUUUAUCGGUUUGUGCCGUAAAAAUUUGCAAUAAACGUAAACGACGAAAACAGGAAAAAGAGUUCAACAUGGUAGCUUGCAGGAUAACGGACGCUCGUAACAUUGCUGCCAAUAAUCAUCAUCAUUUGCACAAUCGCAGUACGGGCUCAAUUUCCUCUGGUCAAGUGCCUUUAAAAAACAAUACUGAACAUUAUCGUGAUUAUGAAAGCGUUUUUAUAGUUCCAGGUCAUCCUGUCAUAAUCAAAAUCGUACAAACAAACCCGAAUAUCAAGUCUAACUGCCAUACUUAUCGCCAUUUGCACUGGAUUUGGCCACCCGAUCGCUGCACCAACUGUCACUCCAUCUACAGCUCCCCGAACCUGCCCGAAGACUGCGAUGCCGACGGCAAGCGUCGCUCCGCCCAAGAUGGCAAUAAACUUGGCUAUGAUCCAACCCUUGAGAACAGCAUUGAUGUGGUGGACGGAGCGCUCUUCGAGCGUCGUAACAGCAACGUAUCGCAGAGAUCCUCCAGCGAUGAUGGCGGCUUCCUCUCGCGUCGUAAUUUCAUCACAGCACGCGCCUCUUGGAGACGACCUCUGGUAGCUUCAUCCAGCCAGGUCAGCUUGCAGUCGGCCGCAGAUUCGGCGAGGGGCUUUCUUCAGGGUCUGGGGGGUUUGCUCAAAAUUGGCGGCGCUGUAAAGCAACAAAACUUUGAUGAGGCUGUCACAGGUGCGCGCUAUCAGAAUGUGUUGCGUCCCUACAGCUCAAAUACACACAACAUCUAUAGGAACUUGCAGCACAACACAACAGUUAAUAAUGGUCCUCUGCACAUAAAUACAAUCAGCGGUGGUUUGGGACAGCAGUUGUUAUCCCCGCAACUCUACACGCCAUCACGUGUCUCUCGCAUCUUCUCCAGCUCUCCAGCCAGCACGCCGGGACAUCAGCAUCAGGUGUUGUCCUACAGCAGCGCCGUCUAUCCUAAUCAUCAUCAUACGCAGUUUAGCGAUCUCAGCACGGUUUAUCCCAAUUCUGCGGAGCGUUCAUUGCCCACAUCACAUCUGAGUGGCACGGGGAAUCUGAGUCGUUAUCGUUAUCACUCGCAGGAGCUGCCAUCGUUGCGCCCCAUUCAGGAGGAAACGCGUCAACGGCAACAAACUCAACAACAACAACUGCAACAUCAGCUACAUCCACUUGAGGAUCACUUUGUGCCAUUGCAGUUACCUUCACCGCCUUCUUGGAGGAAUUACUAUCAGACUCAGCUGCCUUAUCACAGCUAUCGACCUCGCACUCGCUGGUAUCCUCGUCACUACUCUCGACUCUUCAGUCGCCAGCAGCACGAGCUGCUCUCUCCGCUGCCAGAUCUUAAUUUAUCGCUGCGUGGCACUGCAAAUGGCGCAAGAGUUGGAUUGGAGGCCUCACCCGAGUCGCGUUCCAGCUCAAGUGGAUUUGGCUCGAAGAAUACAUCCAAUCAUCCGGGCAGCACCAGUGAAUGGCGAUUGUUACCACCAUACAGGGCGCCUCCCUCACCACCAAAACACUCGGCAUACUUUGGGGCCGCAUCGGGCAAUCAGCAGGCACAAGCGCAGACUUUAGUAACGGGUCAGUUGCAACAACAGCCAUACCACUAUUCCUAUCUGCAGCCCAGUCCAACAUCGCCCUAUACCAUGGCCCAUUGGCUGGAGAUGAUCUCAAGACUGAACGCAGCCACGGACAGCAAUCUGCCCAAGUCCUCCUGCCCAGUGGAUGUGGGCAGCGUCGAUGGCCACUAUGAAUUCGAUCCGGCAACGCCUACGCCCAGUGCCUCGACUCCCACAGGCGUUGGGCUGCUUCGCGACGAUCUCAAUCUUCAUAUAGACACACACCAUUAUCCACACUCACACUCACACCCACAUCCACACCCACAUCAUCAUCAUCAGCAUCAUCAUCAUCAUCACCACACUUUGGGGCCACUGAGCGGCAGCUUGUUGCAUGCCUCAUCUGCAGCCCGCAAAUUGCGUAGCCAGCCCCGAUAUGACAACGUCGAGGCUCGACUCCAAGCCAUGCGGGAAGAAUUCUAUGCAUAUCGAAAGCGUCAGGCGAUGCAACGGGCAGGCGGUCCAGAAAUCGAGAGCGUGUGCUAAAAACCGCAGUGACCGCAGUGUAAGCAUAUAUCCAACGGCAGUAUAUAGUAUACAAACAUAUUCAUACAGAAAGCAGUACAGGAAUCAGUACAGCAUGGGAAUGCGGCAGCAGUUUUCGAGUGUAAUCAAAGCCAACCACAUAAACCAUAUGAUUAGAUGAUAUCAAUUGCUCGAUUGGCACAACAAUAACAACACAGCGCUGGCCCAUUUCAUAGAACCAGUAAGAAGUAUGUGAAGCCAUUUAGGCCACCGCAAUAACAAUUAGUUGUGGAUAAACCACAGGAUAACAAAAUGUGCUUAACCAAGAAGAUAACUUUUGUAAAUAUAAUAAAAAAUUAAUCGGUUCACAAUAUAAGAAGGCACGCAAGCAAAGUAUAAGCAUAUUAUUAAAAAAAAAAUAAAUAAAUUAUAAAAAAACUAUAGCAAUUAUGAAAACAUAUUACUAGCAAAAACUUAAAAUAACAUGUAAUUGAUAUUUGAAACACAGUACGUGUAUGCAAAAUAAUUAUUAUUAUUUUUAAAAUUAUAUAUUAGAUAUAUAUAUAAAACGUAGGCAUAAAGACCGACACAGAUUGAUAUGUUAAAUAUCAAUUAAAAACAAAACCACAAACGUAAACUUACAUUAUGUUACAUUAACACUAACGUAAAUUAAUUAUGAAAUUAAUUAAAAAUCAGAAUGCUAUGCAAGAUAUAGAGUUUAAGUCUUUAGUUGUUAAACUUGAUAAACAAAAAACGAAAUGUUGAAAUAAAAGCGAUAAAAAAUCUCAGUAAAACUAACAUAAAUAUAGACAAAUUGUUUCAAAUUAAAUUUAUUAAAUGCAAAUGCAAAAAUGCUAAAAACCAAGUGAAAUUAAAUCAGUUAAUCAGAAUAAUUACGUAAAAUAUAACUGCUGCAUAUACAUACAAAUGUUUACUGUUGAGCUACACAAAUCACAGAUAAUUAACUCCAAUGAUAUGUACAUUUAUUGAGAAACAACCCAAAUACUUUUUCCAGUACCGAGUAUAGGAAACCUUUUGCUAACAAACACGCUCAACACAAACGCAAACACCUAAGAAAAAUAAAAGAAAUAAAGCAAAACAAAACAAGACACAAGACAAUUGAGUAAGUCGUUUAAAAAUUGCGUUAGUGCUAAUUGACAUUUAUUAAACUUAUAAUACUAAUUCAAACUAAAAACG